CACCAGCAAGACUGAGGAGAGGCACUCAUCCGAUUUCUGAUCUCAGCCGCAGGCUUGUACCUGCGUGGACACCAUCACUAUACGGAUAUAUAUAUAUAGACAGAGUCGUCUUUGCACUUACGUUGGUGGCUCACCUGGAAACAUCUGAGUCGGAGGAGCAGAAAACUCUUUUUAUUUGUGUUUUUUAAGUGUUUUGUUGCUUUUUUCGGUCAGAUUUGCUGACUGUUAAACUGGUUUGUAUCUGCUCUACUUUGGAUUUAAAGAAAUAUUAGCACACUAAAGGAUUAAAAUGGGCUGCUUCACAUUCGUCAAAUUGAUGAUGGUCUUGUUCAACUUGCUUAUCUUUCUGGGUGGCCUGACCCUACUGGCCAUGGGGAUCUGGGUGAGCUUGGACGGGGGCUCCUUCCUCCAGCUGCUGGGGCCGUUCUCCAGCCAAGGCAUGCAGUUUGUCAACGUGGGCUUUUUCUGCAUCGCCAUCGGGGCCGUGCUGGUGCUGCUGGGCCUCCUGGGCUGCUGUGGGGCUCAAAAGGAGAGCAAGUGUCUGCUGCUCAUGUUCUUCUCCAUCAUCCUCAUCAUAUUCAUCGCUGAAGUGGCAGCUGGAGUCGUGGCACUGGCCUACUCUUCAUUUGCUGAGGGGAUCCUCAGAGCGUGGGCGACCCCGGCUUUAAAGAAAGAUUACGGCAGUGAUCCUGUGCUCACCAAGCUCUGGAACACCACCAUGACAGAGCUGAAGUGCUGCGGUUUCACCAACCACACAGACUUUGUGGGCUCUGAGUUUGAAAAGGAGCACGGAGGCCACCUGCCGUCCAGCUGCUGCUGGACCAACAGCGCCCCCUGCAGCCCGGACGAGGCAGAGCGCAACGCUGUGCCGGGCUGUUUCAGAUAUAUCCUGGAGACCCUCAAAGAGCACGCCAACAUCGUGGGAGGCAUCGCAGCAGGAAUUGGAGUCUUAGAGAUUGCUGCAAUGAUAGUGUCCAUGUACCUGUACUGUCACCUGGACAAGAGAAUCAACUGAGACUCCUUCAGGGAAAACACCACAGGGAUGACAGACAGAUCACAAUCUGCAUUAUUUAACAAUAGGAUCGUCCAGCAACUGUGUUUUAUAUAUAGAGAAACAUUUUAUAAGCACCUGCAGAGUGUAAAUAUUUCAAAU